AUGGGCGACGGAAAGAAAAGAGAGCCAAAUUUCACCCCAGAUGAAAAAACACAUCUGUUUAAUAUUAUUUUUAAUGGAUAUGGAAAAAAGUUGGAGGACAAAAGGACAGAUCGCGUUUCCGUCACGGAAAAAAAACAGUUGUGGGGAAGAAUUCAAGAAGAAUUCAAUUCGACUUCUCCAAAUACAACUUUUAGAAGUUGGGAGUCAUUAAAAUUACUAUAUGAAAAUAAAAAAAAGGACCUAAGAAGAAAAAUGGCAGAAGAAAAAAAACAGAGGUUUAUGACUGGCGGUGGUACAGUAUCGCCAGUAAAACUUGAUUCCGUUGAAGAAAUUUUAUUGUCGGUAAUGAAUGAAAAAACUAUUUUUGGUCUAUCACAGGAUUUUGAUUCAGACGCCAUAAACACAAAUCACAGUUUUGCAGAGGAUAAUUCUGAAUUAAAUGAAUAUAAUACCAAUCCAAACAGACAAGAAGAGAAUUGGCGAGGUAAGCGCAAAGCUGUGGAAAUAAAAGAAAAUUGGAAGAAAUAUAAGUGUUCAGAUUUGAAAUUACCAGUUACCCCAGAAUUAUGCUGUACCCAAAAUGAAGCUACAACAUCAAAAGUUUCGCAAUAUACCACAUGCACACCAUCAAGUAGAUGGCCCACAAUCAGUGAAUUUGAUACCAAUGAAGAACCUGACAUAAGCACUCAUACAGAGCUCUUGCAGAUGCUAGGUACCAAAAAAACAACGGAGGGUGAACUAAGCUCUACCCAAAAUGAAGCAUGUACACCGUCGGGAUCAAAAACACAAGCCACGGUGUCGGCCACACUUUCAAGUAGAAGACGGCCCACAAAGACGGUUACAACGUUAACAUCUUCGGACUUGUCUGCCAAAUAUAAUUUAUUAUUGGACAGGAGGCUGGUAUUGGCAAAUAAACAAAUACAAGCUAUUGACAGUGAGCAAGACUUUUUAAAAAUUGAGAGGAGUCUUAAAAUUGACUUAUUAAAAAGUCAAAUUAUGAAUGAAAAAAAGAAAAAUUAGUGUUUUUUCUCUUUUUUUUCACCAU